GCCCCGUUGCUAUGGGGACUGGUGGGCGGCGAAGGGGGAAAGCCCCGGAUGUUCGUUGGGGAUUCAACAUGGCGAUGGCAGCGGCCGCGGUGGUGGAGGCGCAAGAGAGUUGAGGGCAACGCGAGCGUGCGGAGUUUCGGGCCAAGCAGCUAGACCGUGAGCGACUGCGGCGCCAAGCCGAUGAGUAACCCGACGCUCCAAGAAGAGACGUCACCUGCCCGAGGGCACUUCUAGCCCAGCCAGUGCCAAACCAGGCCUGCCACAGGAGCCCAAGUCUGCGCCCUGCGCCGAGAGCCACGACACCAUGUUUGGGAAGAAGAAGAAGCGGGUAGAGAUCUCGGCACCGUCCAACUUCGAACACCGCGUGCACACGGGCUUCGACCAGCAUGAGCAGAAGUUCACGGGGCUGCCCCGCCAGUGGCAGAGCCUGAUCGAGGAGUCAGCUCGCCGGCCCAAACCCCUCGUUGACCCCGCCUACAUCACCUCCAUCCAGCCCGGGGCCCCCAAGACCAUCGUGCGGGGCAGCAAAGGCGCCAAGGAUGGGGCCCUCACACUGCUGCUGGAUGAGCUCGAGCACAUGUCGGUGACACGCUCCAACUCCCUGCGGAGAGGCAGCCCGCCGCCACCUGCCCGUGCCCGCCAGGAAAAUGGGAUGCCCGGGGAGCAGGCCGCCAUGGCCAGAGGGGGCCCAGAAAAGGCGGGCAGCCAAGGCCGGGUCACCGGUCGCAGUGAGGCAGGUGGCAGCAGUGGUGACCGGCAGCGGGUAGGGCCGGAGAAGAGACCCAAGUCUUCCAGGGAGGGCUCAGCGGGGCCCCAGGAGUCCUCCCGGGACAAGCGCCCCCUCUCCGGGCCUGACGUCAGCACCCCCCAGCCUGCUGGUCUGGCCAGUGGGGCGAAAGUGGCAGCCGGCCGGCCCUUUAACACGUACCCGCGGGCUGAUACGGAUCACCCGUCUCGGGGCACCCAGGGAGAGCCGCACAACAUGGCCCCCAAUGGGCCAUCAGUGGGGGGCCUGGCUGUCUCCCAGUCCUCCUCCUCCCGGCCUCCUACCCGAGCCCGCGGCACCCCCAGCCCUGGAGUGCUGGGCCCCCACGCUUCCGAGCCCCAGCUGGCCCCUCCGACCCGUACCGUCGCCGCCCCCGCCGGCCCCCCUGCCCCUGGGCCCCCUGGCCCCCGGUCGCCACAGCGGGAACCCCAGCGCGUGUCCCACGAGCAGUUCCGGGCUGCCCUGCAGCUGGUGGUGGAUCCUGGUGACCCCCGCUCCUACCUGGACAACUUCAUCAAGAUCGGCGAGGGCUCCACAGGUGUCGUGUGUAUUGCCACAGUAAGAAGCUCCGGCCGGCUGGUGGCCGUGAAGAAGAUGGACCUGCGCAAGCAGCAGAGGCGAGAGCUGCUGUUCAAUGAGGUGGUGAUCAUGCGGGACUAUCAGCACGAGAACGUGGUGGAGAUGUACAACAGCUACCUGGUGGGCGACGAGCUCUGGGUGGUGAUGGAGUUCCUGGAGGGGGGCGCCCUCACCGACAUCGUCACCCACACCAGGAUGAACGAGGAGCAGAUCGCCACCGUGUGCCUGGCCGUGCUGCAGGCCUUGUCUGUGCUCCACGCCCAGGGUGUCAUCCAUCGGGACAUCAAGAGCGAUUCCAUCCUGCUGACCCAUGACGGCAGGGUGAAGCUGUCCGACUUCGGGUUCUGCGCCCAGGUCAGCAAGGAGGUGCCACGGAGGAAGUCACUGGUCGGCACACCCUACUGGAUGGCCCCAGAGCUCAUCUCCCGCCUUCCCUACGGGCCAGAGGUGGACAUCUGGUCUCUGGGGGUGAUGGUGAUUGAGAUGGUGGAUGGGGAGCCCCCCUACUUCAAUGAGCCACCUCUCAAAGCCAUGAAGAUGAUUCGGGACAAUCUGCCACCCCGACUGAAGAACCUGCACAAGGUGUCACCGUCCCUGAAGGGCUUCCUGGACCGCCUGCUGGUGCGGGACCCGGCACAGCGGGCCACGGCGGCCGAGCUGCUAAAGCACCCGUUCCUGGCCAAAGCGGGCCCGCCCGCCAGCAUUGUGCCCCUCAUGCGCCAGAACCGCACGAGAUGAAGCCGGCAUCCUGUCCCUGAACCAAAGAGCCCCUUGGGUCACCCCUGCCCUGUCAGAGGCCAGCCGGGGGCCGGCCCCUGCUCCGCCCAGCCUGGGAGACACUCCGUGUGGCAGGGUCGGUGUGCGGGACCUUACUACUGAACUGAAAACACAGGGACUCGUGGAAGCGAGUGAGGCUCCCAGGGCCCCCCGCCCCCGGGACAGGCCCUCCCUGUGUUCCCCUGUCUCCGAGAAGGACAGGCGGCCCUCCCAUCACUGGAAGCUGCAGCGGGGGCCGCUGGGGGUGGAGAGAACACUAUGAAGAGGGGUGUGUGUGUGAGUGUGUGUGAGUGUGUACAUGGUGUGUGCUCACGUCGGAAGGUCCAGCUCCUGUCCUCCAGCCUGCGAGUGGGUGUCUCGGACCUUGCCUGACAUACAACCCCCUCUCCCCCUGAGCCAUGGCGGGGGUCGAUCAUGAAUGUCUGAAGAGUGGCCUUUCCCUUAGCCCCGCACCCUCUCUGGUUGGACGGGGAGACGGGGGCAGGGCUUCCCUCUCACCCCGGCCUUUGCAGAAAACGACUACUGCACCUGGACAGCCUCUUCUUUUCUAGAAGUCUAUUUAUAUUGUCAUUUUAUAACACUCUAGCCCCUGCCCCCACCUGGGGACAAAUGGUCCCUGUCCUGUGGGGUGACACGGGGGACAGAACCACUGCUUGAAGAAUCAGGUUCCUGCCCCCUCAGUGCAGCCCUGCCCUCCCCCGCUUCAAGUUAGUUUUACAAUUAAAACAUUUUCUCAUUUUG